AAAACUCAAAACAACAAUGGCAGCUUCCUUCAAUCCAUUCUUCUUCUUCUUCAUUAUUUUCAGUUCACUUCUCUCAUUUUCCACUUCUCAAACAACCGUCCCACCACCGCCGUCGCCGCCGCAAUCCCUCUUAAACGCCGCCGAAACACUCUCAAACUCCGGCUACGUUUCCAUGUCACUCACUCUCGAACUCAUCUCUGAUACCAUCCUCUCACGCGCCGCCAAACACUCACUCUCACCUUCCGCUCUCACAAUCUUCACUCCACCUGAUUCCUCUUUCGUUAACUCCGGUCAACCCUCUCUCCCUCAUCUUCUACUCCAUUUUUCUCCUCUUUCACUUUCUCUCUCUUCACUCCAAUCCCUCCCUUUUUCGUCCAAAAUCCCUUCUCUAUCUCCCUCCAGCUCACUUUAUAUCACGAGCUUAGCCACUGAUCUUCAAAUUUCAAUAAAUAACAUCAAAAUCGUCGGGUCUCCGAUUUACGAUGACGGGUACGUUGUCGUUUUUGCAAUUGAAGAUUUCUUCAGCCAAAAUUUCACCCGCCCGAAUACAAAUCAAAACCCGAAUUUCAAACCAAGUCCUCAGUGUAUCACAUUUGAUCCAUUUUCUCGGUUUUAUGAGGUGUCGUUGAUGUUGAAGUCAAAGGGUUAUUUGAUUAUGGCUUCGUUUUUGGAGUUACAGUUGAUUGGGUUUUUGAAAAGUAAUAAUAAUGAUUCACCGCCGUUAAAGUUAACGGUGUUUGCUCCAAUGGAUGACGCGAUUGUUGGGUACGCAGGGGAUUUUUCUGAGUAUCAGCAGUUAUUUUUGAGGCAUUUGGUGCCGUGUGUUUGGUACUGGACUGAUUUGAACAAUGGAACUGAGAUUAAGAAUUAUGUUAGUGGGUUUAAUAUGAUGAUUAAGAAGGUUAAUGACGUGGCGUUUGUUAAUGGAGUGGAGAUUACGUAUCCGGAUUUGUAUUAUAAUGAUUGGCUUGUUGUGCAUGGGUUGCAGAGUGUAAUUCCUUUGCCUGAUGAGAUUGAUGAAGAAAUGGGUGAAAAUUUUGGUAUGGGUGAAAGUAAUAAUGCGGUGAAUUUUGAUGUUUCUAUGGCUCCUGAUCACAGUGAAUUUUGAGGAUAGGUUGAUGGUGGAACUUUAGUUGCUGUGGCAUUUGGAAAGUGGAAAUUAUUUUUGCUGGUUUUGGUAACAAUAGGGUAUUUCAAUGGUUUUAGAGUUUAAGUGAUUGAAUUGUAGAUUCCUAGUCUUUGAGUAGUAUAAAAUAGUCUGAGUAGAACUGAGAUAUAUGUUCAAUACCACUGUUGAUCUUGAGAAUGUUAAUUUUCUGCAAUGCUAAACAUUUGUGGUUCUAUUUUUC